AUUACGUAAUCCCAACAGUGACGUCACAAUAUUCACCUACCACUAUUGUAACCCGGGCACAAAGUUUGAGUACCACCGGCGCUUCGGUGUCGGGGCCUAUAUAAACUGUGGAUACGGAUCAGAGCACAGCAUUCAACGUGCAACAGGUGAAUGAGCAAAUAUUAACAAUGCAGCCUUCAAUGAGGAUCAUCGUCUCCAUGGCUCUGCUGGCCUCUGCCCUCGCCAGCGCCUAUCACAGUAGCGCCAAGCUGCGGCGAGACGGGGUACUAAACUUAUACCCGUUCCCUAGAGUCGGCCGAGCAUCGCGCAACACAUGGCAACUGCCACUCAAUGACUUAUAUCUUGAAUACGAGCCAUCAGCCGAGAAGCGCCAACUGUACGCGUUCCCGCGGGUCGGUCGCAGCGACCUGUCACUGUCGCGCCCCGACUCGCACGAGUUCCAACCAAUGGCAGUGAGGCGCACUGAGAGUCCCGGCAUGUGGUUUGGACCCAGGCUUGGCAGGUCCUUCAAGAGUGAUGAUGAUGAAAUCAUCAUCCAAAACGAGAACACUGACCACAGCGAGCCCGAACAGACGGAACCCGUUCACGAAGACAGGAGGAAGAGACAGACCCUCAACUAAACCGCUUGCACACCGACGAUUCAACGCUAAGGCUCAGCGCAUAUCCUGCGACCAAUAGAUGGAUACACAUCACGAUUCAUUUUCACCAGAAAGGGCUCCUUCAUUUGUUUUUACGAUGAUGGUACAAUGUAAAAAAACUGUGAGAGAAAUAGUAUUGCAGUAUGCGCUGACUCUUAACCAUAGAUUAAUUUAAUAUUACGAGUAGAUACGACACACGUUAGACACCGCCGAAUCGCCAACAAAAUAAAAUUGUUUUAUUAUGGCAUCAAUUAUUACUGUUAAUUGUAUUUACUUGUAAAUCGACCGUCAACGUUAUUGUAAGAAAUAUAUGUAAGUAUGAAUGUAUCUAGUAGAAUAAAUAAAAUGUUUAAUUAAGUAGCCAUUGCCAAAGUUAUUUCUUAGGCUGGGCGGGUUUUAUUAUUCCGUUAAAUACAUAAAACCGUGAAAUAAUUUUGGCAAUUUAUUAUAAAUUAUAUGAAAAUUGUUUAUAAAGUUCUAAUUUAUUGAAAUAAAGAUCAGUCCAAAAUU